CCACCCUUGCUGCGUGUUCGUUUUUUUAUCAUCCCCGUAAGCUCUUUCUCUCACCUAAAUCAAAGGGGUUUGUUCUGAUCAAUUGAACAGCCAAAAAAAAAAAGCGAAUCCAUAGAAUCUAAACCAAAAAUUUCCUAUUUUUUUUUAAUCUUGGGAAGAUCAGGAAACCCAGUUAUUGUGAAAUUUCGUUAAGAUCAGAGGACGAAAUCUCAAUUUAUCUGCCGUUUCUGGUGUUAAAUGUGAAUAGACUGGGAGGGAGAAAGGCAACAACAACAAAAACAAUGAGCUCUGAGCAAAACAACAGCACAAGCUUCCCACCAACUGAGCCAAAACUCUGUGACAACGGAUGCGGUUUCUUCGGGUCACCCUCCAACAUGAACCUUUGUUCCAAAUGUUACCGAAGCUUCCAUGCCGAGGAAGAGCAAACAGAAGUAGCAAAAGCAGCUGUCAAGAACUCAUUAAAGCUUCCAUCUUGCACUCUCAUCACCACUCCUGAGCCUAAACCAGUCUCUGUUGUUUUAACCGCUGAGCCGUCUUCAGUUCCUGUGGACGAGGCAGAGCCAUCGAAACCUGCACGGCCCAACAGGUGUUUCAGCUGUGACAAGAAGGUUGGAGUUAUGGGGUUUAAAUGCAAAUGUGGUAGCACCUUCUGCGGGAGCCAUAGGUAUCCAGAGAAGCACGAGUGUAGCUUCGAUUUUAAAGAAGUUGGACGUGAUGCAAUCGCAAAGGCGAAUCCUGUGGUUAAGGCGGAUAAAGUCCAGAGGAUUUGAAGAAAAAAACUUAUAUUUUAAAAAGUACUUUCAGGAUUCUUCUGUCUGCAUUUGAACAGGUUGUUAUGGGGAUGUGAUCAUUGUUCGAUGUUGGGUUUCCAUGAUUCAGAUGAAGGUCUCUCUACUCUUGGUUUUCUCAUGAAUCAAUAUGGUUUAAUGUCAUUUGGUGUUUUUAGAUCAUCUGGCUUUGCUCGUACACUCUGUAAAAUUCAGUUUUAUUUCUGAUUCAACUCAGAAGAGAUUAAACAUUUGAUGAUCAAGCGA